AUGCCGGCGCUGGCCACCGUGAUCGCGGUGGCUGCCGUGUGCGCCGCUCUUUUCAUCGUUUCCGCGGUGGUGGGAACACUCGUCUGGAUAAAAGCCCGUCGAGAGCGUCGUUCACGAAAAGCAGUCAGCGAUAGUCAGGGUCGGUACGCUAGGCAGUUACGAGCAUUCGAAGCCGACACGGCAACAUCACUGUCUCGGGAAGAGGGUUCUGCGCUGAGACUAUACGGACAACUGCCAUACGGAAAGCCAAAUGAAUGGGGCGUUCUAGCGAGCCGGGAAAGCCUCACUUACUCCACAGUGGACUCGGACACUUCUUCUCAACUCGCUGAAAAGGCUCGUUCGCUUGGCCGUUCGCUUUCACGAUCCAAAUCAACCCGGCAGCUGAAAGGUCUGCUCAGAUCGCGCCCUCCAGGUCCCCUUGCUCCACUUGCAGAGGCAGCCGAGAGACCCUGUGACAAAGGGCCCCGGUACAGAGCCAGAGACCCUGUAUCUGUCUCGGCAGUCGAAGGUGCCCUGGAAUUACCGACAGAGAUGACACCCCGACAAACGCCGGAAAAGGAAGAAGAACGAAGCCUCGCCGAACCAUCGAUCCGCCCACUGUCAACGGUGAUGCCUUCGGUGCAUAGGAGAGAGCGUUCGGGCAACCUCUUCCCAGUUAUGGAAGACCAUCAUGAAGGAUUCGAACUGCCUCCUUUUACUCGAGUACGAGGUGGAAGCAUUACGACACAGACAGCCGGUGCCAUUCCAGAGCAGCCGGUGCCGCCUCCGCCGUCGGCUUAUCCCCCAAACCGAUUCCGCCUUUCAAAGAAUGAUUCGAUGCGGUUCUCAUCGCUGAGUCUGGAGACGGCGGACAGCUCCAUCUUGGACGACAGUCGGAGAACUUCAACUGCUAUCGAGAGUGAUUUCACUUCACCAGCAUUACCUCCCUGCCCAACCUUCACACCCUUCAGCGCCAACGAUGUCGGCCGCAUGGAAUUUGAGCGGCGAAGUUUCGCAGCUUCCAACUCAGCAUAUCCUGCACCAUUCAUCUUUCCUGCCACCUCGCCUACUCGUGACUCUCUGAGGCUGGAACCAAACCGUACGUCGCCUCGCCGCAGUUUAACUGCACGUAGUCCUAGCCAGACAGAGCGCGUCAGCCCUCCUCCUAGGAGGAGUGAAUCUCUUUGCUCCAACCAGUCCAGAAGGGAGGUCACCUCCAUGCCGCACCUGGACCCGAACGUGACUCCGCAUCUGAGUGCAACAGGCUACAGCGGCUCGCUGCUGCCUUACUUCAGUCAGUUGCACCGGCACUCCAUGUACGCAAGUAGGCGUACAGAUGGAGAUCCUUUCUACGGCGGCCAGGCGAGCUCACAUAUCUCAAUUCACCCCCCUCGAGCACCCGCAAGGAGGGUUAGCAGUCUCUAUGUGCCAGAAAUAUUUACACAGGUCCGCUCUGAAAAUGCUCCUAAGCCACCAUUGACCUCCGCCAUGAAGAAUACCCAAGGUCACCGAAAAGGCCACAGACGUCAGAACUGCGUCCGAAUUUCGAUCCACCCUCCCAUCACCUUUGGGCGUCCUGCGUUCUCGCCAACGGCUGAGGAGCCCGAGGAGUUGGAAGACCUGAGCGUGCGCAGACCGGAAGCUCCGCGUCCGACCAGCUACGGUACUUCCUCGAUGAAUUCGAGUGUUGUCACCUUCUCCGCCAACAAAAAUAACUCGUACGACUUCCAAAGACCCCGGCCACGGGUCACGGAUGUCUUCUCUACCCCUGAUGGAAGCCCAACCAAGAAAAGAAAGCAUAGCAGAGCUGACUCAGGUGACGAUUUCCUGAGCCCUGCGGGGAGCGACAAGACUCUACCAGAAAUCAUGACCUCUCUACCGUCCAGCAACGAUGGUUCUCUUUCACAGACACCGUCUCCCGAGAAGAAUGCUCCCCUCUGGCUGCUUCCCGUCUAUGCAAGCUCGCCGACAUCCCGCGAGAAUGCAUCACCGCAAACCAGUCCGCGUCGUUCGGCAGUCAAGGGGCCACGCACACUGCCAAAUAAAAUGGUGUACGGCAAUAGUCCUCGCUCUGCGGCUCCACUCGAGGAGAACGACACUCUGUCAGUACAACAAGCCUCCUCAAGUACUCGCCCUCUUUCUUUGAGGCCUUACGGUAGUAGCAAAGAUGUUGCUACUGCUACGGAUCCCUUGCCACAUGACGAAAGCAGCGCUGCCGUUCUAGACAGCACGCCUCUGAAGCAGCAAGACCAAGAGGAUCUCCCAUGCGACGUGCACAGAACGCUGAGCACGUCCAACGGCAAUAUGGUCACCAUAUGGGAAGACAAUGAUACGGAACGAAAGGCUCAGCGUAUAGCUCCGCCAACCCCGUCUAACGAUCCUGCUUCAUGUCUAAAGAAAUUUGUUCAAAACGGCAGUCAGCAAACAACGACAGAUAACUGGACGCCACGCAAGUCAAGUCAAAAAGCGCCCAAAAAAGGCCUCACGACGCCUACCGGGAAGACAGUAGGAUUAGGAAUUGGCGCUGCGACUCCUGGGAGUUUAUACGAUGGAGACGGCUUCUUGAAAGAAUAG